ACGUAAUAAUGGCUCCGCAAUCCGGUACGUUUGUAAACUCCCUCGGAAAAUCAAUGAACCUACCACCCUCGCAAAGCUCCGCUUGACAUCCGCCGCGAACCCCAUCUCGUCGCAACUCAUUCCCCCCGUACCUUGUCUUGGGGGGAAAAAGCCAAUUCUCUCUCUCCCACCCCUUCACCCUCGAUACGAUUGGAACUUCGCCGGACAACCCGCGCACGCACAAUGCCUCCCAAAAAGAUAAUUCGAGCUAACCCCCUCGCGAUCGACCUCUCAGCAAUUCCGCCUUCCCUACCUCCCUCCGUCGAAGAGGCCUACCGGCGAAAAUGCAUCCAGCUCAAGCAGCGCACCGGCGAGGUCGAGGAGGAGAACGACGCGACCCGCGUCCGCCUCGCCCGGAUCCGACGACAAAUUGAGAAGCUGCGGAUGGAGAGAGCCUUCCUGCUCGAACAGCUGGCCAAGAGAACGAGCGCCAACGUGGAGGAUUCAGACGGCAGCCCGAGCCCGCCCCCGACUCCGCAAGAAAAGCCUCUGCGUACGAAACGCGGUCACCGCAAGCCCUCCGUCCUGGCCGAGAUCGACUCGGCCGCAAAGGCCAACUCCAGGCCCCUCAGCCAGACCGCCGCCACCGUCUCGCCCAGCUCCGAGACCUUUUCCCACACCCAGGGCGGCGACGCGACCCAGGGCACCGAUACCCAGGCGUCGGCGCACACCAACGGCGUCGCGAAGCCGCCCAAGCGCCCCGGGAACGCGUUCGAGCUGUACUGCGCCGACACGCGGCCCGCUCUCGAAGAGAAGAACAAGGACGACGCCGAUGCCAACAUUGAAGAGGAGCUCGCCCGCGGUUGGAAGGAUCUCCCCGAGGGUGAAAAGGAGGAGUUCCAGACCCGCUCCGAGGAGGAGAUGGCCAAGUACCAAAAGGAAAAGGACGCCUUCGCGGCCAAGAGCAAGAGCGCCGAGGCCAAGGAUGAAGACGAGGAAGAGCGCGAAAAGUCACCAGAGCCCGCACCAGCUGCGUCACAGGAUGAGGACGUGGAGAUGACCAACUACGAUACUGAGGAGCAGGCAGACGACACGCCCGCGGCCGACGACAAGGACGACAAGGCGGACGACUGA